AUGCCUCCCAAGAAACUUUCCUCCUCCCGCCCCAACGACACCUCCGAUGCCCCCACCAAGUUCACCUGGGAGGGCGCAAACGACAACAAACUCCUCCUCCUAACCCAAGGCCGCUACGUCAAGACCGACGAGUACGAAGCAACUCGCGUCCGCAUUCACCGCAUCCGCAACCGCAUUUCAGCCCUGCGCGUCAAGCAGCGCAAUCUCUACGAGGAGAUGGGCUGGGAUGUGCCCGAGGGCGGGGCGGGACAUUCUGCGAAGAAGAAGCGUGGAGCCGAGGGUGGAGAUGAAGGCACGCCCAGUAAGAAGCCGCGGGCGAAGAAGGGGAUGGCCAAGGCGAAGGCUGUGGAGGAGGAGAGUGAGGAGGCGGCUCAGAAUGAUGACGAGGAGAUCAAGCCUGAGAACGGUAUCAAGAAGGAGAUGGUUGAUGACGAGGAAGUCUGA